AUGAUCGGCAGAUGUUCUCAGUUUGACAACGAGAAUUCGGCAGCCGUCUUUGCCAUGGUCAGGCGAGGCGGUUUGCUGCGUUGGCUUGCAGGCAUCGGCUUGACUGAUGAUCGGUGUUCGUGCACGUUCUGUCGUUUCUCGGCUCUUGACGCUGAACUGCAGUCACGUCGGUGCCCGUUGCUUGGCCGUGACCAUUUCAUAUAUGACUUUUGA